UCACAGGUGGUGAAGCAGGUCUGCAGGUGUCUGUCUUUCUCUCCUCUCUCCAUUUCUCUCUGUCCUGGUAACAACAAGGGAAACAAAAGGAAAAAUAAAUAAUUAAAAAAAGAAAGGAAACUUAGGAGUUCGUGGUCCCCCCAGCUCCCAGCUUCAUCAAAAGAAGGGAAAAAUCGAUUUCCUGACACAUAGCUAUGCUAUGAUAUCUACAUGGCGGGAAAAAACAAAACAAAAGACACACACAACUGCAAAUCUGUCAUUCUUAUGAAUUCAAGAUGAGUCCCCUUUCAUAGUAAUUACAUUUUUCAAAAUAAAUGUUGAAUAGUUACCACCUUAACCAGUGAACUAUCAGAACGCAAACCUUCACUUCCUAUCUUUCUAUACCAAUUCCAUCUUUUACAUUCUGACCCAUAGAAGCAAAGCCAAAAAAAAAAAAAAAAAAGAAAGAAAGAAAGAAAGAAGGAAAAGAAUCCUCAUCAAAUCAAAAGAGAGGAAGUGAGGAAGUGCUAAGCAAAUACAGGAACCAGAAAAGGUUAUAGAAGCUGUCUCACACUGUCUCAUUCAGUUCCCCUGUGGUCCUCUUCCCCGGUUCAUAGCAGCGCAGUUCCUCACCACCUGUGGGACCAGAGCAUCGUGGGUGUGUGAUCAUGGAAGAACUGGAUGCAUUAUUGGAGGAACUGGAACUCUCUACCUUCCAGGACAACGAUGACUAUUCUAUGCCAACUUCUCUUCCCUUGGUUCCACAGUCCAGAAAGGAGAGUCAACAUACUGAGACUACAAAGACCGUAUCUGGUCAGGAUGGUACAAGACCUUUGUCGGUGCAGCUUGUGUAUACUACCAAUAUCCAGGAGCCUAAUGUCUACAGCGAGGUCCUAGAACCAACCGAAGUGCCGCUACCUCCCAAGACCUCAGCAGUCGCUCAGCUGGAUGAGCUCAUGGCCCACCUGGGUGAAAUGCAGGCCAGGGCUGCAGAGAAACCGGACUCCAGCAAGACACCCUUACCUGAUAAGCAGGCCUCCCUGGACUCAAUGCUGGGAGGUUUGGAGCAGGAUUUGCAGGACCUUGGAAUUGCCACUGUGCCCAAGGGCCACUGUGCUUCUUGCCGGAAACCGAUUGCUGGGAAGGUCAUCCAUGCUCUGGGACAAGCUUGGCACCCUGAGCACUUUAUCUGCUCUCACUGCAAAGAAGAGAUUGGCUCCAGCCCCUUCUUCGAGCGGAGUGGCUUGGCUUACUGCCCCAAGGAUUACCACCAUCUCUUCUCUCCCCGAUGUGCUUACUGUGCUGCUCCUAUCCUGGAUAAAGUGCUGACAGCCAUGGAUCAGACCUGGCACCCCGAGCACUUCUUCUGCGCUCACUGCGGAGAGGUGUUUGGUGAAACAGGCUUUCACGAGAAAGACAAGAAGCCAUAUUGCCGAAAGGACUUCUUAGCCAUGUUCUCACCCAAGUGUGGCGGCUGUAACCGCCCGGUGUUGGAGAACUACCUUUCCGCCAUGGACACCGUCUGGCACCCGGAGUGCUUUGUGUGUGGGGACUGCUUCAGCAGUUUCUCCACAGGCUCUUUCUUUGAGCUGGAUGGACGUCCUUUCUGUGAGCUCCACUACCAUCACCGCCGGGGAACCCUCUGCCAGGGAUGUGGGCAGCCCAUCACCGGCCGCUGCAUCAGUGCCAUGGGCUACAAGUUCCAUCCUGAGCACUUUGUGUGUGCCUUCUGCCUGGCUCAGCUGUCAAAGGGCGUUUUCAAGGAACAGAAUGGCAAGACCUAUUGUCAGCCUUGCUUCUGUAAGCUCUUCCCACAGUAACCUCAGCUCUUCCCACUCUGAUCUCGCUUGAAUCAGCCCAGGCCUCUUCAAAGGCUCUGCGUGAUUUAAAUCGGGAGAAGAAUGAGUGCAUUUCUUGUCACUGAGCUUCUGUUCAGUAAACUAACAGAAAAAAAAUUUGGGGGGUGAUGAACAAAUAAGGGAACUUACAGAUAUCAUAUGGCUAGGCAUGUAGUAUUCAAUGGCAGAUUUCCAGCCUUGUUUAAAAUUCAGGAGCAACCAGAAAGCUCUGAACUACAACUCUAUCAGGUCCUGGAGAGAGAAGAGGAAAAAGAGAGGGCCAGACAGAUGUAGUCAUAUGGGUAUGUGUAACCUGGAAAAAAAAAAAAAAGAGAAGAUGGGACGUUAAAAAAAAAAAAAGGCAAGUAUAUACAUAUAUAGACAGAUAGUUGUAGAAAUAAUAGUUAACCCAUAUCUGCAACCUUAGGAGAACUGCUGUAGCUUACUGUAGAGGGACUGGGGAUUUUUAGAACUCUGGUGGUGAUGGGAGCGCUGUGAAAUUAUACUCCUGUUGACUUGUAAUUUUUUAAAUCAAUAUUAAAUCACUAAAAAAGAAAAAAAAAAGAAAAGAAUAGGGAAGCUUCCGAUAGAGGGAACAGGACACAGAACUCUGGUGGUGGUGGGGCUGUAGGAAAUUAUACCCCUGUCAUCUUACAGUCCUGUUAAUCAUUAUUAAAUCACUAAUAAUUUCCCCCCUGUGGCCCCAGUUCUUUGAUGGCCUCCUCAUAUCUUCCUCCUCUGACCCUCAUGGAUACCUCUUAGCAAGUUUCCCACAGCUGUAGAUCUUAUUCUUGCUGUCAGGGAUUGUGGGGUACUUACUCUUAAACUCUUUUAGUAUCUUUUCAGUGCCUUAUGCUCUUCUCAAGAGGAAGUAGAUAUAACCGGACAACUUUGAGGUCAGAGGACACUGAAAAGUAAAAUGGUGUGUGGUUUUGAUGACUCGUUGCCAAAUUUGGAGACAAAUUUUUCUGGCUUUUCAUGUUCUAUACUAGGUAAUCUGUAUAGACGCACUUGUCUAUAUUUUUGUUUACUUCCAUACAAUAGAUAAAAGAAAUUCAGUUGAAUGUGGCUUCCUCACCACUAACUUUUCUCUUCAUUUGGAUUUACUACAUUAAAUGGGGUUUUACUAUUUAGUUUUUGAUGCUUACAUAAUUAAAUCAUUUGAGAAGAUGGAAAACAUUUUUUAAAUUAGUUUUCAUCACUUUAUUUACAUAUGGAGAAAACUUGGAUGUGUACCCUAUAGGCAUUUUGCAAAUUUGUAUUCGCAUAUGUAGACAUAUCUCUAAAUGCUUCAGAUUGUGUAUAUUGAAUGCACUGAUAAUGUCUAAAUAAAGUAGUUCAAAAAAAAAAA